AUAAAAAAGUAACUAUCUAGUAAUUUUUUAAAUAUUCAAAAUAAACUGCAACUUCUUGCGCAUGCGCGAAGCGAGACCUUUCCUCCAUGUUGAUCUUUUUCAACUCAAUUGACGCAAUAUAAAAUAUGACCGUGGUCCGUGGUUUCCCAUGUUUCCAGUUUUCAAUAUGUAUACGUGUGAGUGUCUAGAGCUCAUAUUUAUUUAGUAUUUAGAGCUGUUAUAUGACCCUUUCCUCAUUUUUAUUUUACUUUAGAGCCCAAAAAUUAUUGACUUCUUUUUGUAAUUUUGUAAUCGCGCAAGGUUAAAGGCGUGAAAUCCGCUGGUUCAAAAGUUAUGACUAUGUAAAACCAGAGAAUUUCGAAUCGCCGGCUAUCAACUUUCCAAACAUUUAAUCAUUCAUUCAUGAAAUAACAGCUCGGUCUACCAUAAUGUUGUCACGGAAAUGGUUACCACCAAUAAACAAUUAUAACUCAAAUUUGAAUAUUAGUUAAACAAUUUUUUGUCAUCAUGUAUAAAUAUGUAGCUAAGUUUUCCCCGUUAAAGUAAAAGCUUAGCAAGAACAUAUUCGUCCGCGAGUUUAUCAUUGGCUGCAUUAAUUACUCGAAAUCGAGGCUCCUGUCUUAACCACAAAUUUUAUGAUUUUUGUCAUACGCAACUGCAAUCGGAGUACAUACAGUGCCAGGCUCUUAAGCUACAAAGAUUAAUAACGUUUUAACGACAAGACUUUGACGUUAAAAAACGUCUUAGCAACGGUAUGGAAAGAGAAACCUCAGCUUCGGCUGGAAAACGGGCACUUAAAGCUACUCCUUGGAACAAACAUUUACGUUCCCAUUGUAAAUACCCAAAUGUAUGCUGUAAAUUGAAUGUAACAAUUGCAACUGUAGAUAAAGAUGGUUUCAGAUACGUGUUCGUACCUACUACUUUAUCGACCCUUAUUUAGUUUGCUGAUUAUUUCGGAGAAACGCGCCAGCAGUCGCAUGUUAGUAGGACAAGUCAGCGGUUGAUCAGGCGCGGCAAUUAUAGGGCGCUGUUGUUACUACUAGAGUUUAAAACUUUCAUUUCUUCCUAUGCUUGCUUAUUGCUUUCUUUCAGAGUUAUUUGACUGCCUACCUAAAAGCUAUGAAAAUUUUGAUAUUAAUAGAAAGAAUUCGAUGGAGGAUUACCAGGGAACAUCUAGACAUAAAGCUACAGCCAUGCCAAGAGACAAACGGACAAAAGUAAAAAACGAGCAACGAAUACAAACCGGUUCUAUCAAGUGGUUACGAUCGUUAGUCACGAAAAUAUCGAUAUCACAUCAAACUGAAAGUUUCAACAAUACAUAUUCAACAAUAUAUAUACGACGAGAUAAAACUAACGACCGACCGGUCAAUUACGAGAUAACGGGGGCUGAUGGCACGCGAUGUACGACAUGCAAAUUCUUCGCGGUAACUCCAACAUCGUACGCGUCUACUACUCCUUUCGCAGCAAUGUAAAACGAACGACGAUCGAGAAUUUUGUCGAAAAAGUAACAAAAGGGAACGAAAAGACAAGUUGCGUUGAUAGGAAGAAUUGAUUGGGUCAUCCCCGCGGCAACCAAUGGGCAAACACAAAUGAAAUGGAGAGGAAGUCUGGCUAUGGGUUUCGAGACUACCCUCAGUUGCUUGACCGAUUUCCGCACGCGAUAUCCCCAUCUCGAGACACAUCACGUACACGAUCGAAACCAACCCGAUUAUCGGUCAGUUACUUAUCGUAAGGAAAUUAACUGCAAUUUUAACGCCGUAUUUUUUUCUUAUACCCAAUAAUCAUUUCGACUAACUUUCAAAGAAAUUGGAGAAUAAUAUAAAAGAAGAAAGACGAAUCAUGGAGGUUUUGUAAAAGACGGCCUUAAAAACUGAUUAUUAUUAGAGUUAGUUUUUUUGUAUUCUCGAAAUGAGGCUCGUGGGAUUUACGAUCGUCAUGUGUGGAUUCCUCGGAUUUUGCGGUGAAUCAGCGGUUUACGCGCAGGGAAACGUCGUGGGAAAUCGAGGAUCUACGAAUACAAGAGCUGUUAAUCUUUAUCUUAUUAACGAUGAAGCCAACAAAGUAGCAAACAGUAGCAUAAUAGCGGCGUUAGAGACAAUCAAAGAAAAAUACCCGAAUUAUUUGGGCGAGGUUUGGAGCGUUCAAGUGAAUGAAUCUGACGUCAACGAAACUCUCGAUCGUAUCUGCAAACCUUGGGAUUCGGCUGUAAAAAAAGGAGGAACCAGAGUUCCAGAUUUAGUGAUAGACACGACGACAGCCGGUUUAGGGGCCAAAAUAUCUAACUCAUUCACAGCUGCUUUGGGAAUCCCCACGUUAUCCGCUCAAUACGGUCAAGAAGGAGAUCUUCUAUACUGGAGGAACUUAAACACAGACCAGGAAUCCUAUUUGAUUCAAGUGAUGCCUCCGACAGAUUUAAUACCAGAAGUAAUCAGACAAUUGUGUAUUCAGUUGAACAUAACAAACGCUGCGAUUCUGUACGAUCAUAAUUUCGUCAUGGAUCAUAAAUAUAAAAGUCUGUUGUUGAACGUGCCAACGAGACACGUGAUCAACGAAGCUUCUCAGCAAGUAAUGGAAAUGAGAACACAGUUACCUCGCUUACGAGAUUUGGAUAUAGUGAACUAUUUCAUUCUUGGUGAUGAAAAUACCAUCAAUAUAGCUCUGGAAGCGGCAGAAGCUUUAAACUUUACUGGCAAAAAGUACGGUUGGUUUUUAUUGACUCCGGAACUCAACGUUUGGCCGAGAUGCGAGUGUAGAAAUAUGAACAUCCUCUUCAUGAAGCCAGAAUUUAAUAAGAAAAGCCCAAUAGAGUCGUCUUUGUCAAAACCGAUUAUUUCUUCCGCAUUUUAUUAUGAUUUAAUACAAUUAGGCGUUCGGGCAAUGAAAUCGGCCUUGGAUGACGGAGAAUGGCCAGUAGAACCUAAGCAUAUCACAUGUGACAAAUACGAUAAAACUAAUACCCCAGAAAGGAAGGUGAACUUUUUUAAUAGGUUAAAGGAAACUUAUAAAAACAUGACACCGACUUAUGCUGGAAUUAAAUGGGGAUCGAAGAAUGGUGAACACCGGGCCAAGUUCGAGAUGUCUAUUAAUUUAGUGGACAUAAAAGAUGGGAUUGUUUCAAACACUAUCGAUAGUGGAUCUUGGAACGCGAGCAUCUCCGCACCAUUGCAGAUAACGAAUAACGAAGUGAUGAAUACCACAGCGGUGAAGAGCUACCGUGUAGUCACCAUAAUUCAUCCGCCAUUCGUAAUGUACAACGAAGUAAACGGCACGUAUUACGGUUUCUGCAUCGACUUGCUGGACGAGAUUAAAGACACGGUAGGCUUUCAGUACGAAAUACGAGAAACGGAGGACAAACGAUAUGGAAGUUUAAAUCCGAAUGGGAGUUGGAACGGAAUGAUGAGAGAGCUGAUCGACAAACGAGCUGAUAUCGCUCUAGGAUCAGUCUGGGUCACAGCGGAGAGGGAGAGGGUGGUCGAUUUCACGGUGCCUUACUACGAUCUGGUCGGUCUGUCCAUCAUGAUGUUGAAAACGAAAACAACCAGCUCGUUAUUCAAAUUCCUCACGGUAUUGGAGAACGAGGUAUGGUUCUGUAUCCUGGCCGCUUACCUCUUUACCAGCGUCUUGUUGUGGAUCUUCGACCGUUGGUCUCCGUACAGCUAUCAGAACAAUCGAGAAAAGUACAAGAACGACGACGAGAAAAGAGAAUUCAAUUUAAGGGAGUGUUUCUGGUUUUGUAUGACUUCCCUGACACCACAGGGUGGUGGAGAGGCUCCCAAAAAUCUUUCUGGACGACUGGUCGCUGCUACUUGGUGGUUAUUCGGAUUUAUAAUCAUCGCAUCGUACACGGCGAAUUUAGCUGCGUUUCUGACAGUGUCCAGGCUAGAGAUUCCAAUCGAAACGUUGGAGGAUCUCAGUAAACAGUAUAAAAUUCAAUAUGCGCCGGUGAUAAAUUCUUCAGCUUAUAUUUACUUCAAGAGAAUGGCUGCCAUUGAAUGGAAAUUCUAUGACAUCUGGAAGGAAAUGAGCCUUAAUGAUAGUCUGUCAGAUGUAGAGAGGGCAAACUUGGCAGUGUGGGAUUACCCUGUUAGUGACAAAUACACGAAAAUGUUGCAAGCCAUGGAAGAGGCUGGAUUUCCAGCUUCCACCGAAGAAGCGCUACGACGAGUUCGGCGUCUUGAUUCGACUAACGAGUUUGCUUAUAUAGAAGAUUCAACGACCAUUAAGUAUCUUACUAUGACGAACUGUGACCUGGUCCAAGUAGGCGAAGAUUUUUCGAGGAAGCCUUACGCGAUCGCCGUUCAACAGGGAUCGCCAUUGAAGGAUCAGUUUAAUAAUGCAAUUUUGAUACUAUUAAACAAGAGGAAAUUGGAGAAAUUAAAGGACACAUGGUGGAAGAAGAACCCUGACAGAAAAGACUGCGAUGCAGAAAACAGUCAAAGUGACGGUAUAAGCAUUCAAAAUAUCGGAGGAGUAUUCGUUGUUAUAUUUCUAGGUAUUAUUUUUGCUUGUUUCACUUUGGCCUUUGAAUACUGGUACUACCGACACCGUACGAAGAUCACGAAGAUUAAUCUAAACAACACAACCAAAGGGAAAAUCACACAAGUAAAACCACUCAGAUUCAACUUACAGCCGGCGCCUACGCACGGUUUUCAGAAUAGCCAACUCAGACCAAGAUUUUGAAUGUGUCUGUGAUAAAAAAAAAAAAGAUAUUCAUGAAUCGAUCAUCGCGUAUUACAGAUAUAUCACCUCAAUGUUAAUAUUUACCGUUGGUUAAUGUUCAAUAAAAACAUAAAAAGACGAUGGACAAAAAUAUCUAAAAAAUUAACAAUUUUUUUUAUUACAGAAGAAAGUCUGGACUAGAAUUAUAAAUGACAUAGAGCUUCAGCGUUUGCAAUGCCUUUAUUUGGUUACUCCCUUUGCGUACAUUACUUCGCGCAGAGAAUACAUUAUUCGGAUAUUCUUUCGUUUCUUUUCCCUCAUAUUCCGUUCACUUUCUUCGCAUCACAAUUCACGUACAUUGCUUGUCAUUUUAACUAACCUUCCUCGCGACGUCUUAACAUAUCACCAUUUUUUUCUUUCUUUUUUUUUUUUUUAAAUAACGUUUUACUCACCCUUUUCCUUUCGCA